AUGUUACAACAGGAGGAGCAAUAUGAAGAAAUUUUAAAUAUGAUUCGAGCAUGUGUUUUUGCAUGUUGUUGCCAAAAAUGUGAAUCAGAAAUUGUGCAAUAUGGCAUAUCAAUGGUACGUUGUAAAGACAAUUUUUGUAAAAUAAGAUAUUUUAUUUUUAAACAUGCUGUUUUCUUUAUCUUAAAGUUUCUCCUUCGACCUUUUUAA